CCUACAAAUCAAUCAAGACGACUCCUUGUAAUCGCGGACCAUCGGGUUAGAAGUGUCCUCGAGAUGCGGUGAUGGCUUUGUUGUAUAGGUUCGCGCAGCUGCACGAUCGCAGUGGCACGCGGGUCUUCUCCUUCGUCGUCACUAGGACCGUCGUGCGCGAUCCUGACAGGGACGUCACAAGUAAGGAACUAGUAUGCGGUUUCCAGAGGUGGGCCGUCGCUUUCUCGCGCGGAGAAAAGGUCCUGGGCGUAUACCUGGUAUGGCGUGGCGCAUCAAGAAACCUCCGCGUAUACGUGGACUUCACGUUCACGCUGCUGAAUCGAGAGCAUUUCUCUAUGAACGAGAGCUUCUCCGGCAAGCGGGUCAAGUUCACUUACGAGGCACCGGCCCAAGGCAACCGCAGUUAUAUCGCUGUGGCGGAUCUCUACAGCCGUAAUUUCGCCGACACAAACGGCGAAUUUCAGCUGGAGUUGUCCAUGGCGAAUGUGCGGACGGUAUACAUGACCGAGGUCAGAAUGCCGACAUCGGUGUUCUCGGCCGGCCAGACGAAGCCGAGCAAGCUGGAGACCGACUACUUCGCGUUCGGCGGUUUUGACUGGAAUCUGGUCAUCUAUCCGCACGGCAAGGACACGGACGGUUCCCGCGCCCAGGACAGCCGCGUGAGUGUCUAUCUUAUGAGACUGUCUGGCUUCGAUCAUCGAUGCAGAGUGAGAUACAGUCUGGCCCUCGGCGAGGGCGAUAGACGGAUCGAUUCGGGACAGAUCGAAGACAUCUCCGACGCCGAGGGCUGCGGCUUCGGCUGGCACACGCGGGUCAGGUGGUCCGACAUCGCGCACAAGGGCACACUUCGCGUGUCGCUCGAGAUGCUCGAGGCAAGAACCAUCUGCGAGAUCGCGGUGCAGGCAUUGGGCUCGUCGGUCCUGCCAGCUGCGCCAUGCUACGAUCGCGACAAGCAAGCUUGGGCCAUACGCGCUGAUCUCAACUCGGAUACCGUCAGAUUGCACUUGGUGUACAAAGACAUCCACAAUGUGCCGAGAAAUCAUUUAAGGUACGUUAGUUGGUCGGCAUACCUGCUGAGGGGCGAGGGACCAAACGUCGCGGCGAUUGGAUUGCCCGGCGAACCGUUCAGCCGCUACUAUGUUCAAGAAUCCGCCGAUGAGGGUAUCAUCAUGGAGACUAACGUGGAUAUGAACGAGGUGAAGGAGAAUCACUGUCCAUACCUCACAGACAAGGGACAGCUGAGGAUCCGGAUAGAAUGGAACGAGAGUCACUUGCUCUUCCAGGCGACCUAUCACAAGUACGACGAUGUGUGUCGCGUGCACAAUCAGCAGAUGCGACGCGAAAUCAUGUCGCUGCAGGCGGAGAACUACAGCCUCGAGCGGCAACUCUUCAGCUACCAAAAGAGUCUGGCGUACGCGCAGGCGCAACAACAGCAGCAACAGCAGCACCAGAAUCAGCAACAUCACUCGGUAGUGGGUCAUCAGGGCCAUCUAGAGCGAUCAGCGUCUAGUGACACCGAAUACGCUUGACAAGUGGAACGCGAGUUAUCAAAGUCACCAACACCACCAAGUUGCCGACGUCAGCUGCCGGCGACGACGACGACGACGGCGGUGCCGGAGGACGACCAGCGAGUACAUCAGAACCUGGUCAGAAUGAUGGAUCGGCGGCUGAGCAACGUGCAGUUGCAACAGCAUCUCUACGAGGAACAACGACACCGUCAUCGACACAGCAACGGCAGCAGUGGUAUCUCUUCGCCCAGACGGAGCAUUGAUCGCAACGGCCAGGAGCAUUGUCGCAGCAUCCUGCAGCAGCCCAGGUCCAGCGUCGGCGCCAGAUCCAAUGGCGGAGGAAGCAUAGGCGGCGCUUACGAAAAUCGAGCCGCGGGCAACAACGAUCGGUAUGCCGGCUACUAUCUGGGAUAUGUCGGCCAAGCGGCGCACAAGCGACGCAGGACCACAUUCUGGGAGACGCUGACUGGUCUGGUGUGUUCCCUGGGCGCUCUGGCCUCCAGAGCGGCAAAGAUGGCCGCUAGACGGGGCGAUCCUCUCUGAGGGUACGGUCGACGGCCGAGGACUCGACGCAAUGAUCGCUAUUGCCGGGGGUGGGCAAACGCGCGGGAAUGUAAUGUGAAGCUCGUUGGGAUGCACAUACAGCGCGUUCUGUCUUCUGUAUGUCGGUACAAUAUCUCCCACCGAACCGAUCAAAGGAAUUGUAUAAUCUUGACAUAAAGCCACGUGGUGUAUGCAACAUUUUUUUACAUUUAUAUAUCUCUCUAAAAAUUAAAAGAGAUAUAUUUUUUCUCUUUUUUGACUAAUUUUAUUUCUGUUCAUAUAAUUUCCUUUUUAAUUUAAUUGUAAGCGCGUGACGCAGGAUAAUAGAAGUUAAAAUUAAUUUGCUUUAAUUAAAUUUUCUUUGAUAUAACAUAAUACAUCGUAUCAACGAGAUUGCAAAAAUUUAUCUGAACUUUAUUGUUUUCUUGAUAUAUUAUCUUACGAGAUUUUUUUCUUAUUUAUUAUAUAUUGAAAAUAUCUUACUAUCUUUUAAAAAACAUGUUGGGAAGAUAUAUGCAAUGCAAAAAAAUGCGUUGUACGCGCCGUAUAUUCUUCUUGGCCAGUUUUCAUGCGAGUGUAUGCAAAUGGUUUCUGUUGAAUCUCUUGAAUGAUUCAAGAGAUCACCGAUUUUAUGAGACAGAACGUCCCGUAUACAUGUAACGCGGGAACGCGAUAGAAAGCAAAA